GUAGAUCUCAGAUCCGUCACGUACCCAUUUCGACUUCCCUUUGUUCAGUCGUGUUAUGGAAGGUAGAGUGAAACUUAUUACAAAGUCCUCAGGCAAGGCCACCGAUACCCCGUUCUCCAUUCCAUUCCCUUUUUCCUUCCUCUUCUAGCCUUUCGUUUUGCUUUGCAUCCCUUCCCCCCUCAAUUCAGCUAGGCUCCUAGCCUUGCCGUCGCACGGUCGCGAUAGAACAAUAAGACAGGCGCACAAGUUGAUCCAAUGAAACAAAGGAACGAAUAUAUUGGAUACAGCUGCAUUUAAAGCCGGUCUUGACCGACGUGAUUGUCUCCCCCCCGUCAGCAUCAAAGCGCGCCCCCCCAGACAAUGGCAACGUUUUGGUCAAAGUACGAUUCUAGAGCCUGCUCCCCAAUCAGCACUCUUCCUGUGGAGCUUCUCACGUACAUAUUCUCUUUGGCGACUCAUGGUACUCCGGUGGCGACGGAAGGGAAGGAAAGCCCGCUAUUCGACUCAGAGAGCGUCAAGAUGCCCACACGUCUGUCUGCUGUUAGCAAACAUUGGCGUAUGGUUGCUCGUAAUACACCGGCACUGUGGACGAGUCUGUGUGCUACUAUCGCUUCCAUCCAUAAAACGUGUCACAAUGGACAGAGGCUAUCCAUCUUCCACACCUCUCAUCUCUCCUCCCACCUUUCAUUAUCUCGUAACCAUGCUCUCGACAUAAUUAUCGAUGCCAGGGACCCCGACUGGGAUUUCUCAGAGCCGAGUGUCGAACCCGAGUGUCCUUACACUCCACCCUUCUCUUAUCAACACAUGAUGACUGUCAUGUCCAUGCUACACCCGCACAUACACCAUUGGCGGUCCUUUUCCAUACUCACGGAUACUUGGUUCCCCAUGCAUGUUGCCCUUCUCUAUUUAAGUAAUGCCCCCGCGCCUCUACUCGAGAGCCUCACUAUAAUGCGAUGUAACGACUAUAUUAGCCAUGCUUCCGAGUUCCAGCCGGCCGCUCUUAACACGCCCUUCGUGCUCAAUCCCCGCACCAAUCGCCUUCGCACUCUCACCCUCCGGGGCGUCUACGCAGAAUGGUCCUCUCUUUCUGUCCUUCGCGAACUAGAGGUUCUCGAGAUCACUUCGCUCUCUUCUGAUGUACGCCCUUCGACGGCUGACAUGCAUGGGAUCCUCUCCGCGUGUGCUCCACGGCUGAGAAAGUUGCGUUUAAUGAAUGAUGCUGGGCCCUCGAGCCGCGACGACCACGCAGUUCGUCCAGUCACUCUUCCAAAGCUAGAAGAUAUUUCUAUCGGUUACCGUGCCGAUACGGCACGCCAUGGACUGGCGAAGCUGUUAAUUGGACCCAAUGUGCGGCAGGUGACGCUGGAGAACGAUAGGUAUCCAGGAGAUGCGCUUGCCGUUGACCCCGGCGAUGUCCUUUCUGGUCUUACCUUCCCUCUGAUGGAGAGGGUGGCAUUGAAGGAUAUUUCCGCUUCUCUCGAGUCCAUGCAACAGUUCCUCAUGAAUGUCCGGCAUUUGGAGAUAGAGUGGACGGCGGUAAAAUGCCUUCUCCCUUUGCCAGAUGGUUCACGUUCUUGCCCGAAGCUCGAGACGCUAUGUUUGCGCAGCUCAGACAUAGAGGGGAUCAAUGACCUGGGUAUUGAUGCGAUAUUGGGUGUCCUCCGAGUACGGGGGACGAGUGCUCUGAGAGAGGUCGAAGUGCAUGUUAGUAGCGCUUAUGCAAACACUUGCUCCAGCUAUCUUGCGGAUAUGGAGAUACAGAAACCGAGAGCGACUCGUCUGAGGAAGACGCUUAUGGGUUAGGAGGUACCUUUAAUGAUCCGGUCUUUGAUGCGCUGUUUAAGAGCCAGUCCGGAUUUGAUAU